AUGUCCUCACCGAGAGCUCAGAGUCUGGCGAGAGCGGCGACGGCCAUUCUGGCCGUGCUGGUCGCAGCGCUCGCCACGGCCGCUCGAGCCCAGAUGUGCGGCUCCCAGGCCGGCGGAGCGCUGUGCGCUAACUGCCUCUGCUGCAGCGAGUGGGGGUAUUGCGGCAGCACCGACCAGUACUGCGGCGCUGGCUGCCAGAGCCAGUGCGACGGCACCUGCGCCCCACCUCCCCCCACCGCCCCCCCUCCCCCCGCCGUCCCCCCUCCCCCUGCCGUCCCCUCUCCCCCCGCCGGCCCGGGCUUGGGGUCCAUCUUGUCCAGGGAGCUCUUUGAGGAGAUGCUCCUCCACCGCAACAACGCCGCGUGCCCGGCCCGCGGGUUCUACACCUACGACAGGUUCCUCGAGGCCGCCGCCAAGUUCCCGGAGUUCGCGGAGGGGCUGAGCACCGACACGCGAAAGAGAGAGGUGGCCGCGUUCCUUGGCCAGACGUCCCACGAGACCACCGGCGGGUGGCCGACGGCGCCUGACGGCCCCUACGCAUGGGGCUACUGCUUCAAUCGGGAGGUCAACCCGGGGUCUGACUACUGCGACACCAGCAGCACGGACUGGCCAUGCGUGCCUGGCAAGCGGUACUACGGCCGCGGGCCCAUGCAGCUCUCAUGGAACUACAACUACGGCCAGGCGGGGCGCGCGCUCGGCUUGGACCUUCUGGGCAACCCGGACCUGGUGGAGACGGACGACAUGGUGUCCUUCGAGACGGCGCUCUGGUUCUGGAUGACCCCGCAGGGGAACAAGCCGUCGUCGCACGACGUCAUCACGGACCAGUGGACCCCUACGCCCGCGGACAUCGCUGCCAACCGCGUUCCGGGCUACGGCGUCAUCACCAACAUCAUCAACGGCGGCCUCGAGUGCGGCAUCGGCCCCGACCCCCGUGUCGCCGACCGCAUCGGCUUCUACAAGCGCUACUGCGACCUCCUCGGCGUCAGCUACGGGCCCAACCUCGACUGCGACAACCAGAAGUCCUUCGCCUGGGGGCUCUCGGCUGGGCUCGCCGCGCAGCAGUGAAAACGGCCAGCCCUUUACUGUGUAAGCUUGCCGCUUGCGGGCUUCCUUUCUAGAUCUUUUUUCUUAUCGUAAACUUGUGCGUUGUGAUUUGGGUACGUGUGAUCACCCGUGUAACUUUUCCCGGAGCUUUCUACUGUGAAAGCUCCCUCGAGUCAACAACGAGUUAAUAAAAGAGCGGAAAGUCUUCUCGCUCAUGCAUUUCUAUCA